UCGCAUAGUCAUACAAAUGGCUGCCAUUACUACUAAUAAUAAUACUAUUAAUACUAAUAAUAAUAAUAAUAAUAAUAAUAGAAAAAUAAUUGAAACAAAUAUUAAUAGUCAGUCAAUGGCUGCCUCAACAUCGGGUUCAUCGGGUUCAGUGACCACCACUGGCCACCAACACCAAUGGCUACCACCGCAAGUAAGCUCUAGUGGUUUACUAUUGGACAACACUAUCCUUAUGGACACUACCGAGUCGUCGUCGUCGUCGUCGGCCACCGCCGCAGCCGCGGACACUAACAUCAAUACCGAUGACGAUCGCCGCCGACUGUUAUGCAGAUUUCAUUUGCGCGGUCAGUGUCGCGAUGGCCAUUGGUGUCGAUUUUCGCACGACCCGAACCGAUCCCAGCCGAUACCCGAAUCGGUUUGUUGGUAUCAUUUGCAAAGUCAUUGUAUGUUUGGCGACAAUUGCCGUUUCGAGCAUUUGACUGCUGGCCAGCUAUUAUUGGUGGCCAACAACAACAGCGGUAACGGUAGUAGUCAUCAUCAAUCAACACCGUUAGUACCGCCGCCGCCGCCAUCAUCGGUGACGACGAUAACCUCCACCAACUCAACAGUGGCCGCCGCCGCCAACAUUGUUGCCGACGAUCAUACGUACGCCGAUCCACUGGCACCGGGACUAUCGCCCGACCAGUCCUUACAGACACUGAUUGCCAACAAUCGGCAUAAAGUGGCUACUGGUGCUACAGUUACCACCACCACAACCGUUAUCGGUGCUAAUAGUGGUCAACAACAACCGCAACCACACAAUCAAAAGCCACAUUUAGUGCCCUUUAAUACCAAUUCCCGAACCAUAAACUCCUCAACAAUGUCGUCGUCGUCAUCGACGACAACAACAACAAGUACUUCAAGUAGUAGUAGUAGUAGUCAUAAGCCAAACAACAACGAAAGCUCAUCAAUAAAACCUCCUUUUAUUUUGCCGUUGUUUAAGCCGUCGAUGUCAUCGACAGCAACAACAACAACAACAAUACCAUCAAUACUAUCAACAGCUAAUCAAAAACAACAACAACAACGCCUAAGACCUAUACUGACGUCAAAUCCUAGUCUGAAAACCGAUUCGCGACAAUCGUCUAGCGAUUCGGGCAUUGGUUGCGGUUCGCCAACUAAUACGACAGCAGCAGCGGCCACAGCAGCCUCCGCUACCACCAAAUCGUAUGCUCAGAUUGCGUCCGCCGCACAGUCGGCAGCGGCGGCGCAGUCAUCAUCAACACUACUAGUGGACAAUAACAACCAUCAGAUCUCAACAACAAUGAUGACGACCACCAAUACUACUACUCAACAACAACCCGAUUGCUAUAACAACUAUAGCUAUAAUACCGGUACUACUAAUACUACUACUGCACCAGUGAUGAUGUCGAUGAUGGACACUAUAAUCGGUAGUAGUAGUGAUAUGGACAACGACAACAAAGUGCGACCAACAAUAUCAGCGGCACCGCCGCCCGUCGCCGCACCCAAAUACAAGACACUAUGUCCGUACGCUAUGCACGCUAUCGGCGGCAUAUGUCCCUAUCCUCUGGGCCAAUGCCAGUACACUCACGGCGAAGAAUGUGACUAUUGUGGCCAAUAUUGUCUACAUCCGACCGAUCCCGGUCAACGUGACCGUCAUCGGGACGAAUGUAUUCGCGAACACGAACGCGAAAUGGAACUAUCGUUUGCUGUCCAACGAUCCCUUGAUAAAGCUUGCGGUAUAUGUAUGGACAUUGUUAUGGAAAAAGAGCCGAUAACCGAACGCCGGUUCGGUAUACUGGAGAAAUGUGCCCAUAUUUUCUGCUUGAGUUGUAUACGUAAAUGGCGUCAAACCAAACAGUUUGAUAACCGUACCAUCAGGUCAUGUCCCGAGUGUCGGGUAUCCAGCGAUUUUGUUAUACCAUCGAAAUACUGGUACGACGAUCAAUCAGAUAAACAACAGCUGAUCCUAUCGUACAAGAAAGCCUUGUCCACUAAACCGUGCAAAUAUUUCAAACAAGGACAGGGCGAAUGUCCGUUUGCCGGCGCCUGUUUCUAUCUGCACGCCUACCCCGACGGCCGUAAAGCCGAAAUGCCGCCACCCCGCCAACGACGGCGCCAGAAUCAAGAGGGCGAACUCGAAACCCUGAGGGAUAUGUUGCUGUGGAACUAUCUGGAGGUCAGGGAUAAUAAUCAUUGGCUAUUGACACUCGAUUUGGAGGACGUAUUCGACAUCCAAGAGAUGGGCCUACUAUCCAGCUAUGAGACCGACGAUGACGACGAUUCCGAUCUUAGCGAUUAUGCCGACGGACUGAUCAGUUAAAUCAGUAAAAAAAAAUUCAAUUACCGUUACUCUUGUCUGUCUGUCUGUCAACUAAACUAAACUGACUGACCGAUCGGCGGCACCGACCGAUUGAUCCAUUCAUUUGGUGUUUUUCGCGAUUAUCUAAUCUAAUUGUUGGCGCCUUAAGACACACACACACACACACCGACACACAAACCGAUAGAAAGAAACAAAGUGUUAUUAUUAUUAUUAUUAAUUAAUUAAUUAAUUGAUUAUUACUAUUACUAUUUGAAUUGUAUAUUUGAAUCCAUAUGUGCCGUUAGUUUUUGUUUGAUUGAAGGAAAAUUCCCCGAAAUUUUUUUGUUAUUUUUUUAAAGUAUAAAUCUCACACACACUCAGUCACUCACUCACUCACUGUGUUAUUAUAAUUGUUUUAAUAUUAGUUAGACAAACAUUGAUUUUAUUAUUAUUAUUUAUUAAUUAAUUAAUUAAUUUAGAAAAAAAUAUCCCAACAAAACAUACAUCCAUUUAUUAACUCAGGUUUUUUUUUAAUCAUUAUUAUUAUUAUUACUCUAUAUAUAGUGUAUAACUAUAGUUCAAAGCACCGGUAGUUAGUUUUUAUUAGA